AUGGCCGCCUGGCAGUUCACUGCAUCCAGCAACUCGUACAGACUAACAGUCGAUGGAGUUCAGGACACAACGGGCACUUUGGCACUGGCGACUGACGACGGCAACCAUGUGAUGCGUAUUGGCAACUGUGCUGAUAACUUUGUAGGAAAAUUCACUGGUCACCUGCACACUGUAAUGUAUUACGAUUACCGCAUUGGCAAUACAGACUUGGAGUAUGUCUACAGAAAUAGCCUUAAUUCCCGAGAAUAUAUCUGGAUUGAAGAAACCUAUUUUGGUGGAAAUGGCCAGUAUUACAAGAACUCCACUGAGGCAUGGACUACUGUGCCAAAUUGGUCACGGAAAUUUAACAAUUUUGGCAAAUUUGAUUUUUCUUUGUCUGUCUGGGUGCGAACAACUGAUACUGGAGCCAUUUUGAGAAGAACAGAGAGUUCAGGCACAUGGGUGUCGCAUGGAAAAGUAUUAUACAUCAACUCUGCUGGAAAAGCUAUGUUUGAUGCCUAUAGUGUAGGAAAUGUUGUGUCAACAAGCGUUGUCAAUGACGACCAGUGGCAUUUCAUUGUGUUUACCCAGGAGAUGCAGGCCACAGCCACGUGGAGGAUAUAUGUUGAUGGAGUUUUGGAGGCUUCACAGCAAUCCAUGGCCAUGACUGAGGACUUGGGUGACCAUGUCAUCUUUAUUGCCAACACCUUUCAAGGAUAUCUCAAGGAACUAUUUUAUUACAACUACAAGAUAUCUGAUGAAGAAAUCCUGUCUCGAUACAAUGGGUUUCAAGAUGACACCCAGUGUCCCACUGGUUGGCACCCAUUCCAAGGCAGCUGCUACUACUUUGAAGAAGCAAACUCCAUUGGUUAUGAUGGCAUCCAGGCCAAAGAUUUCUGUCAUAGUCUGGGGGCAAAGCGUGCCAGCAUCAGCAGUCAGUUGGAGCAAGACUUCCUUUACCAUGUGCUGCAGAAAAUGAAUUACACAGGACGUGAUUGGUGGUUGGGACUUCAACAGGAAGAUAGCAGCNGCUUCAAAACGGAUGCUGCUGAUUACUAA